CUUGGUUAAAGUCCAAAUUUUCUACAACCCAAUGAGCGAUGCAGCAAUAAAUUUAAUUAAAUUAAAUGUAGCAGGUGGCCCUCAAAGUCUCUAUGAGCUAAUGGUGCCCAAGGCUGAAGGGGAGGCAUCAUUCGGGGUUGAGGUAGAUUAUAUACCCUGGGGUACGAGUACGCGUGAGAUAAAUUCCGAUGGCACAAUUAAAUAUACGUGCACUGACGAUGAUAAGUGCCUGGGCACUAGGUUACACGCCUGCAUUGCCCGCAAUCACGUGUCCCUGUACCAAAAUCACCACGAGUUCUUUAUGAUAUAUUGUACAGCGACCCAAACUGAUUGGAAAACGAACCCCCUUGGUAAGGUUAUUGAGUGUGGCAAUCGGUACCCUGAUAUCCCGGAUGAUGGGGUUGGCCUAGAAUUGUGUGCCAACGCUAAUCUACAAAGUGACCCAUACUUGGAGGAAGUUAUAGCCGUCACCGACACCCUGUACCCAGAAUUUUCAACGUCAAGCAACCCACUUGUAAUAAUCAAUGGCCGAGUAAAUACAAAUGCAAUAACCAACCUGAAAACGGAAGUGUGCAGGGCCAUGCCUCUUGAUAACCGCCCUGGUACCCCCUGUUCAACAAUUCUUGAUCCACCCAUUACUGAUGUACCCACCCCGGUCCCAAGUGACACGGUUAAGGUGCAGGUGUACUAUUCGCCAUUAAGUCAAAAAUCAGUCGAUUUUAUUAAAUUGAACACGAAAGAUAAUAACAAGGGCAUUUACGACCUAUUGACGCCUGGUACACAUGGAAAUGCUAAAUACAAUAUCGAGUUUGAUUAUAUUCCGUGGGGUAGAGCGACUAGAGUUCCCGAUGCUCAGGGCAAAAAUGUCUAUACCUGUCCGGAAGGAGACACCGAUUGUCUGGGUACCAGAUUGCAUGCGUGCAUAGCGCGUAACCACGUGACCCAGUACGAAAAUCACCACGAAUUCUUCAUGGUCCUUUGCACGGCUAGCGGCGACAACUGGAAAACUAACCCCUUGGGGGACGUCAUAACCUGCGCCCGGAAUGUGAACGACUUGCUGGAUGACGGCCCUAGCCUUGAAAUGUGCGCCAAAAACACCAAUGACAAUAGGUACCUCGAUCAAACACUGGCCGCCACGGAUAUUGUGUACCCGGCAAUUACCGACAGUAAGUAA